CGAGUAUUAUGGGAUGGUAAUGGUGGGCGCGUGAUUUUGAACAAACACAGAAUGCCUGCCCAGAGAACAGGCAUUGGAAAUAAUGAAGCUUUCACAGUUGUAACAGUUGCGAGUGAUGGAAUAAAUUCUGAGACCAUAAGCAGUUUAGAAAGUACUGCAUCAACAUCAAAGUACGUUGAUGUCCCAACAGCUGUGGACUACGAGCCUGUCGAAAAUCUGGAUACCCCUCUGGAUUCGUUUGUAAUCUCUUCCACGCCUGAAAUAGGUGGAGUGGAAACUGUGCUAGUGGAAGGUCAGUCUAUAGACCAGACUUCAGGCUCUGUUGCAUUGUCGCAGAAUGAUUCCAUAUCGAGCAAUGCACAACAGCCAGAAAUCAUUUACGUGUCUCAGCCACCGGCUGCAAAACCUACACCAGAAGUAAUUGUUGUGUCACAACCUUCUACAACAAAAACUGCUACAGUUACAACCAUCAAGAGACCUUUAUCAGGAUCUGGUGGCAGUCCAGUAGUGACUAAAGUUAUAAUUACAAAGAAUCCUAAUACUAGUCAACCUCAAGCCAUGCCAAUUCAACUGAAUCAGGUCUUAGGCCAGACCAUGUCUCUGUCAUCUGGGGGGCAGGGCAUAAGUAUAAUACCCCAGGGCUCACAGACUCCCACAAAAACAAUAACUAUAUCUCCACAGGGUAUUGUGUCGGCCUCUUCUGUGAAGCUUACAACUAUGUCCUCUCCAGGAAAGGUUGGAAUACCAGUGCGACAACUUCCAAUGUCGCCCACAAAGACUCCUACGAAAAUAACUAUGAUUCCUGUGUCAGUUGGAAAAUCUCCACAACGGAUAGCACCAGCUGCAAUAUCUAUGUUAGCAAAGAAUCCAUCAGAAACUGUGUCGUUUACGCCAGUGACUAUCUCCAGUACAACAGGGAAUACUGUGACAGUGUCAAGGCCUGUGAAUAUGAUAACGAUGUCACCGUCAAAAGUUAUGAAACAAGGGACAGUGCUACAGUCUGCCUCCGGCCAGACAUUGCUUGGCACUAGUCCACAGAUCAUUACACAGGCCGGUGUAAAACAGAUGGCCAUUCCUAUGUCCAGUGUCCACUCUGUCCAGGGCAGCAAGUUCCAGUAUCUCCGGUUGGUCGCUCCUUCCUCCCAAGCGGGGAAGACGCCAGCAGGACAGUUAACAUCAGUAGUACAUGGGAUACCCGGUUCUAAUGCUGGGACAGUUUCCUUAACACAGCAACCUGGACAACAAAUGAAAAUCACACUUCCAGUGCAGAAAACAGUUGUAUCCCAGGCUGGUUCAGCAGGUGUACAUCGAAUCCUGUUACCUGCACAGCCGAACCAAGUACGUACCGCCGGUAACACUACUGCAGCUACCACACUUCAGCAGAUUCGCCCGGCAACCUCUGGGUCACUCGGACAGCUGCCACCCGGUGCAACCAUACUGUCUGCGGGUAGCAGUGCUCAAGGCUUGCAAGGAUUUGCUCUGGUGCCAGCAUCAUACCUCUCACAGAUGCAUCAAGCUGCUCCUAAGCCAGUAGCUCAGGUGGCCCCUCCAGAACCACAAGUUCAGCAGAACAGACAAGAUUACAUUGCCAUUGCCAGUAACGACCCUUCCGUUAGUGCUAACGCUAUGGCCAGAAACUCCGUAAAUGGACUUAGCCCUGUGAUAGAACCAACCGGUGCCCGACCAAGAAAGCCAUGUAAUUGUACCAAAUCCCAGUGCUUAAAGCUGUAUUGUGACUGUUUUGCUAACGGAGAGUUUUGUCAUAAUUGCAACUGUAACAACUGUGCUAAUAAUCUGGAACACGAAGAAGAAAGAUCUAAAGCUAUUAAAUCGUGCCUGGACAGAAAUCCAAUGGCGUUUCAUCCAAAGAUAGGUAAGGGCCGAGAGGGUAAUGGAGACCGACGACAUAACAAGGGCUGUAACUGUAAACGAUCCGGAUGCCUUAAAAACUACUGUGAAUGCUACGAGGCGAAAAUUAUGUGUUCAAAUCAUUGUAAAUGUGUGGGAUGUAAAAACUUUGAGGAAAGUCCAGAAAGGAAAACCUUGAUGCAUUUGGCUGAUGCAGCAGAGGUACGGGUCCAGCAACAGACAGCAGCCAAAACGAAGUUAUCCUCACAAAUUUCUGGAAUACCUUCACGACCACCAGUCUCCUCCGCUACCGGGGAAAGGCUGCCGUACACAUUCAUCACAGCAGAGGUAGCUGAGGCAACGUGUGCUUGUCUGCUGGCACAGGCGGAAGAAGCAGAACGACUCAAGAUGCCCCCAGUUGUUCAAGAGCGAAUGGUGAUUGAGGAAUUUGGGCGAUGUCUUCUACAAAUCAUAGACUCUGCAAAUAAGACAAAAGACUCUGACUCGAAUUCCUGAGACAAGAUCCAGCAAGCUUAGACAAGAAGGUCCCUCCCACUAACAAGAGCAUGCUGUCCCGGUCCCUUGUGUCGCCACACCUGUCCUGUACCAUCGCACCUGUGCAUGCUGUAGACCAAUGUCCAGUCUCCGGUCAUUUUGUCCUGCAUGUUUCCCGAACAUGUCACCCCAAGUGCUGACCAUACAGUUGCUAGCUCAUCACAUCAGCUGUCUCAUCUGUGCAUUGUCCUUUUGCCUCAGUUUCAUCAACAAAACAUCAUCAUUGUAUUCAAAUCAUGACGCAAGACUUCUCAGAUUUGUUUACAUUCCCAAAAGUUUUUUUUUCAUCUGAAAGACAGGCUAUUUCUUGUGAAUUUUUUUAAAAGAAAGAAAAUAAGAUUUAGAGAAAGAUGUGUUAAAAUUGGAUUAUACUUCAAGAUACUUAAAACAAAAUCCUUCAAUGUUACUGCAUGGAUUUUGGAUGUGAAUUAUUUAGAAAGAAAAUGUUGAUUAUAGAAACCAUAACUGAAAAAGAUUAUAAAAGAUGAAAUGACAGGCUUUUGAUGUUUGUUAACGAUGUACAGUGUUCUAGACAGGUAGAGCUCUUGAGAGUGACAAAUAUGUACAUUGUUCUACAUAGAUAUACCUCUUGAGAGUGACGGAGAACCGUGAUCCGGUGUGUGAAGUACCUGGGGGAAAAAGCCAAGCAUGUAGACAAUGAGGGCAGAUUCUCUCUGUGAAAAACGGGAACAGUGGCACGGUGCCGGACUUGAUUGUCUAGCUUUGUGACUAACUUAGAUUCUAUGCAUCAGGUGAGAAUGGGCAUGUCUGCGACGAGUUGAGUAUGGAGACUAUUGACAGAAGGACUGCAUUGAAAUGUGUACAUAAGGGCCAGUCGCACAAGUACGGGAUUAGCCUUUGUAAAAUUCACCAGUGAUGAGUUGUAUAUUAUGAGAAUGGUGCAAGAUGUUGUACAGAAAAUUUUAUUUAAUAUAUACAAAUGUAUUAUGAACGACGGAUUUUGAAACCAAACAUGCCUAUUAUCAAAGUGUUAUGAACUGUUGUCAUUAUGCUUAUUUUCAAAUGGUGUCCCGUUCCCAGUCGUCAUCAAUGCAGCGUCGAAACUAAACUUGACUUUUUUUUUCUUCAUUUUUCGUCCUUUAAUUCUAGCACAUUUGCAUCAGGCUGCAAAUCAAUACAAUACCAGUUAGCUUCCUUUAGAUCUGAUUUUUUUUUUUUUUUUUU